GUGGAGUCAGGAUUUCCUGGGCUAUAAAGUUGCAGGGAGAGGCAGAGGCAGCAGCUGCUUUGCUCAGAUCUUGCUCAGCCUCACCAUGAGGGAGUGCAUUUCCAUCCACAUCGGGCAGGCCGGAGUGCAGAUGGGCAAUGCCUGCUGGGAGCUCUACUGCCUGGAGCACGGCAUCCAGGCCGACGGGACCAUUCCCGGCUCCAAGCAGGUGAAAUCCAUGGAUCCCAACUCCGAGCAGGUGGAUUCCUCCUUCGAGACCUUCUUCUGUGAGACAGCAUCUGGCAAACACGUGCCCCGGGCGGUGUUCAUAGACCUGGAGCCCACUGUCAUUGGUAAAACCCAGAUUUUGCCCCUGAUCCGUCUUUAUCCCUAAUUCCCGACCCGUUUUCUGUGGGAUCCCGUUGCUCCCGCUCCUCUGCUGUGGUUAAACGUCCCCAGCCAUCGGAAGCAGGCAGAAUUCACGCUUCCAAAGGGACCUGGAGUGGCCAAAUGCGGGGUUGUUGUUGAGUUGUUCCCUCCUUUUGGCACCUCCAGUGGGUGGAAAACGAGCCGGGUUUGCCGGCCGUGGUGGUCCCGGCCUGAAUUCCGCCCUCCAUGGGCAGAUGUGGCACAUCUGGUUCGGAUGCUGCCCACAAGAGGGGUGCCACACAUCCCGUGGCGUUCCUGGUGGGCCACCUUGACCUUGGAGAUCUUUUCCAACCUGAUGGAUUCCCAAAGAUUCCUGCUUUCCCUCAGGGAUCUCCAGGUGUUUGUGGGACCUGCCUGUCCUGGUGGGCCACCUUGACCUUGGAGAUCUUUUCCAACCUGAUGGACUCCCAAAGAUUCACAAUUCCCUAACCAGCUCCCUCAGGGAUCUCCAGGUGUUUGUGGGACCUGCCUGUCCUGGUUGUCCACCUUGACCUUGGAGAUCUUUUCCAACCUGAUGGAUUCCCAAAGAUUCCUGCUUUCCCUUCCAGUUCCCUCAGGGAUCUCUGGGUGUUUCAAUUUGAGGUGUCUUCCUAGAAAAUAACAAUUAUUUUUUUUUUUUUGGAGGUGACUCCAAAUCCAACCACCUGCUCCUGCCUUCCGGGCUUCUCUUCCUAUCUUUCCAUCUGGGAUGUGACUCAUUAGCUCUAAUUAAAGGAUUGCAGACUCUUGUUUGGGUUCUGCUUCAUUUUCAGACACCUCAUUGAGGUGUAAAGUGGAGAACUUGAUGAGCGAGCCAGGAGAUGACGGAAUGUGUCAAGUUCUCUGUUUUCCUUUUCCAGAGGGAGUGAGUGCAUUUCCAGGUGGAAUCCCAAUCCCCAGGAUGUGUAAAAUUCCCU